UUGUGUAAAAAAAAAAAAAGCAAAGAAGUGGAAAUAAAGAAAAAAGUAAGGGAUUAAAAAUAAAGGGAAAAGACAAAGAAAGAAAGAGGGGAAGCAAAUAAAAAAAAGGAUCGAAUGAGUAGCUAUUGCAUGUACCGUAGAUGAAUUUGCAGAAUAACGCCGCAAUAUUGAAAACAGAUAAUACCGAGAUAAAAGCAUCCGUAUCACCAGUCCUAAUCAGCAGUUUCGAGGUCAAAAUCACAAGAAAAUAAGAACUUUAAUCAGAAUCACUAUCACAUGACAGCCAGCGGGGGAGGUGUCUGUCAGUAUCAGCUGUUGCGCGCGUGGGUGAAGGUACUCUAACAGCUUCUUCAUUGGCCUGCCGCUGAAUAAUUGACGAAGAUGGUGGAAGGCUCGAUGCAUAGUGACGGGGAAGACGGUAGUGAGCCCAUGCCUACUGGUGGUGUGAUCAGUGCAGCUCCCGAGGACACGCCAGAUAACCAUGAGUCUGAGGGCGCGGAAAAUGUGGUGUCUGGCUGUGGGAAUUGCUGUAACCCCGCCUGGGGUCCAUUCAGAUUCAUUGGUUUGUUCUUCAUGUGCUUCCUGGGCUUUGGCUCGUACUUCUGCUAUGACACUCCCGGCUCCUUGCAAGAUCACAUAAAGGAAGACAUGGAUGUUGACACAGUCCAGUUUGCCAGCCUGUACUCCCUCUACUCCUGGCCAAAUGUUGUACUCUGCUUCAUCGGGGGAUUUCUCAUUGACAGAGUCUUUGGUAUCAGAUGGGGAACAAUAAUCUUCUCUACGAUCGUCACUGGUGGACAGGUUGUGUAUGCUUUAGGUGCACUUUUCAACCAGUUCUGGGCAAUGCAGCUUGGAAGAUUUAUUUUUGGGAUUGGAGGAGAAUCACUAGCUGUUGCUCAAAACACCUAUGCAGUCAGCUGGUUCAAAGGAAAGGAACUUAACACAGUGUUUGGCCUCCAGCUAAGUAUGGCAAGAGUGGGAUCAACAGUCAACUUUUGGUCCAUGGUGCCGCUAUAUAACUGGGUGCAAACAUUUUCAGAUGGUUACAGAGCACUCGGAUAUUCGUUAUUAUUCGCUGGCAUCACUUGUGUGUUCUCCCUCAUCUGUGCCCUGAUUUUGGGUGUGCUGGACAAGAAGCGAUCCAAAGCCCUCCACCUCAGCGCUGCGUUGUCUGGAGAAAAAGUCAAAUUUUCAGAUGUUUUGACGUUCCCAGUGUCAUUUUGGCUGAUAUCUGUCAUUUGUGUUGCUUAUUAUGUUGCCAUCUUCCCCUUCAUUGGUCUAGCAAAGGUUUUCUUCAUGCGUAAGUAUGAUCUGGAUGACAACUCUGCAAAUUCAGUGAGCGGUGUGGUGUAUAUCAUCUCCGCCAUUGCCUCACCAAUCCUGGGCAACCUAGUGGACCGAACUGGACGAAAUGUGAUGUGGGUGUUCAUGGCAGUCGUGGUCACCUUGGGAUGCCAUGUUGUGCUCACUUUUACCUUUUGGAAUCCCUUUAUACCCAUGAGUGUUUUAGGCUUAGCAUAUUCCUUGCUGGCCAGUGCACUGUGGCCCAUGGUUUCCCUUAUCAUUCCUGAGCAUCAGCUUGGCACAGCUUAUGGCAUAAUGCAGAGUGUUCAGAACUUAGGGCUGGCUGUCGUAAGCAUCCUCGCAGGACUGAUUGUUGACAAGAGUGGCUACAUGAUGUUGGAGAUGUUCUACAUUAUCUGGCUCUGCAUUGCUUUAGCUGCAACAGCAGUCAUAGGUGUCGUGGACAGUAGUGGUGAUGGGUAUCUUCUUAAGUCAGCUCGUGCUAGACUCCGAGACUUCCCUCAGCAGCCAGCAGAUGGAAAGUCAAAUGAAGCCUUUGAUGAGAAGCUUUGAAAACAUAAUCUGGCAACUGCUCAGCUCCUAGUUCCUGCCUGAAGAAAGAAGAUAAAAUAAUGUUUAUGAACUUUUUACAUCAUCUCUGUGCGUGUGUGCGUGUCUGCAUGCAUGGGUAACUGUGUGUGUGCAUCUGUGUGUGCGUGCUUAUCACAGCUUUGCUCUGUCAACUGAACAAAGAGGUAUGAGUUUAGCAUAUAACUGUUUUCUUACUUUGGACUACCAAUUCUGUAAAGUCUCCCCCAUGACCUAUCUAACUCAGGUGAUACAUGACUUAAAUAAUACCCAGAAGUACAUCCUUUAUCUUGAAUAUUAUUGAAUGUGAUAACUUAGUAAUAGUGAACGUAUUUUCAAACGUAGUAUACAAUACUCAAGAUUAAUACUUACAUGGAAAUAAACUUUGUAACAAUAAUGAAGAUAAUAUGUACCAUCUGUCCCUUCAUUUAUUUCAAGUUUCAGCUUUACUAUUUAUUUAGUAGACAUCAUGGCAUACUUUUGUUGGUAUGUCAAAACAUUUCUCUCCGGUAGGAAUGGUGUCCUCAAAGCUAGUGUUCAGGAGAGCAGUUCAGACAUUAGGUUGUGUUUUAUAGAAAUCUGAUGUAUUAUUCAUAUUUUCCAUGUUCAUUUUUGUGAAAUUCCUAUUGUUUUAGUAUUAAACAUUUUACUUUCUUUAUCAAAUUGUUAUACGCUUGGGGUCCUACAAUCCAGCAGGAGCAACCCAGUUAGAUAGUGCCUUCAAAAACUUCUUAGGGUAUCAUUUUACUACUGGAAUCAUUGGUAAGUUAGCUUACUUCACUAUUAUUAUCAUUGUAAACAUUUUAAACUAGUUAUUUCUUUGGGCACUAUAAUUAUAACUAAUGUGGCAAAGAAAAAAUAGUAAGGUAUCAAAAAAAUUGCAUCAACCAUUUUGGAUUAAGCUGAUGCACAUGCCUGCAUGCAGUGUCCUCAUUUUUAUCUAAGUGAAGCACAUUUGUAAAUUCUAGAAGCUUUGACCAUUGGCCAAAAGUUAGGUGAUGUGUUCUCCUUAACAAUGUUGGGACAAAUUGGCCAUUGAUCUUAGAGACCAUGUACUACAGACUGUUGUGUGCUGAAUUGAAGGACCUUAUAUGUACUUUAUAUUUUACUAUUAUUAUACUUGAAUUUCCAGUAAAACUAUCAUUUACUGUAUUUUUUGGCAUAUAUGGUGACUCAAACCUAAAAAAAAUAGGGGUCAUCUUAAAUGCUGGAUAUAAAAUCCUAACCACUACCUGCGGUUAUUAGGAUCCUCGGGGUGUAGAACACUGCCAGACACCUUAACCAUUCACUUCACUGACAUCAGCAUCAAGCAUAACUAAUUUUCUUUGCAAAUUUUCAUAAAAAUGCCAUGAGGGCAUAAGAAAGCAAAUGACCCUCAGAUAUAUACAGACAUUGUACAUACAGUAUGAUAAUAAAUCUAGAGAAAUAAAGUAAUAUGUGAUAAUUUAGGAAAGUAUAUAAAUAUUUUUGAGACAAAGGCAAUCAGUGGUGACAAAGCAACUACUGCCAGUGAAACCCACUGAAAAAGCUGUUUGAAGGUAAUUCUUAACCAAAGGCCAUGCUGUUUAGCAGUGUUAAUAAUAUCAAUACAUAGGUCAGUGGGAAGUGAUAAAGGGCAAGGGUUACUGGUGCUGCAACCUCUCAGUGAAUCCAGGUUUGGGGGUCAUCUUGAGCACAUUUUGAAUAGAAAUCUUGAGGUCGUCUUAUAUGCCAGAAAAUAUGGUAUGUAUUAAACUGGAGCAAGUUAGAUAUUUUGUUUGAUGGUCAUUCAUGUAUGGUGUAUCUCUGUUGUGAAUAUUUUGCAUUUUAUCUCUAAUAUUCUGGACUUUUAACCCUUUCCAUCCGUGACGCAGACGUCAGCGUCACAGUAUGGUCAAGAGGAAAUGGAAGAGGAUUAAUCCUCUUCUAAACCUCUCAAUCCUCCUCUAAAUUCCUCUUAAUCCCCUUCCAUUUCCUCUUAAGAGGUUUAGAAGAGGACUAACGGUGACGCCGACAUCAGCGUUGCCGGAGUGAAGGGGUUAAACAUUUAUGAAGCCGUUAUAUAAAAUGCCCUGAAGGAAGAUUGGGAGUAAAAAUGUGUUUUGGAUAGCUUGGCAUGUGUGGAAAUGGUGAAAGAAUAUAUUUCACUGUGAUGUUCUGAUUUAACAUUCAUCUGGGGAGAAUGGAGGGAUACAAGAUGACAGUUUAUAUGAGCAAGGAAAGAGAAGAAAUAGCCAACCCUCUCAGAGGUUUACCAGCAACAAGGGUUAGAAGAAAGUAAUGAGAAAAAACAGUUGGUCCCUUAAACUGAUGAAAAUUCAGUUAAACAGGUUUGGAAGCAAGGUAGUAGUUAGCUAAAAAAAAAAAAAUGAUGAUGAUCUGUAAUGCAAGUUGGUUGUUAAAUUUGUCAUGUCUAGCUGCUACCUAGAAUUAGAUAGUGGUAUGUCAUUGGGAGGUUAUUAAAUUCUUUUGUUUAUUCUUCCUUUAUUUUUUUAAUGGUAAAACUACUGCAUUAAUGAGCACAUUACAUGCAGCUUUGAAGUACAUACUAUAUUUUUGGAGACAACAUCAGCUAACAGACACACCAUAAUGCAGAAAAUGUUCUUUCCUAUCCACUGACACUAUAUAAUUCCAAGAAAGUUCAUUCCAAGCUGUCAAUUGAGAUACCACUCGGGGAAUGCUUAUUUUCUAUCCUACCAGUCUAAAUAACAUUAUGCAGAGAAUGCUCCUUAGCUAUUUUUAUACAUAGAUGACCUGACAAUUAUUUCACAUCAGUCACCCACUCCCUAGGAAUGGCUAUAGACACAUUCAUAGGGCAAUUCAUGCAAAUAUUUCAUAAACACACUUUCACAGCCUCUUACAUUUAUUUCCAUAUGUGAUUUAAAUCAUAAGUGGUCUCUUGUACCAACCUCUUAGACAAAGAGUAUUACAAAGUAGUAUUUUCUGUGAUCAGAUUUUCACUGCAUUAGACAAUUGCAGUAACACUCAAGCCAGUGCAUUAAUUGCAUUGUAAUGGAGAUAUAAAUGACAUUUUUAACUGUUGAUGUGGUGUUUGGCAAUGUAAUAUUUUGGAAGCCAGAAUAGAGAAAACACAGCAUUUACUUAAAUAAUCAACAUACUGUGUAAAGCCUUUUCUGAUCUGAUGAUAUCACAUCAGAACAACAAUAGAAAUCAGAAUAAUGAAUCAUUCUUGUUUUUACAGUGGCUGUGCAUACAAGAAAAUUGAGUAACUGUAGGUACAACUGUGUGAUCCAGGGACUAGUUCGUUAUUUUGAGGGGACAUCAAGAUUAGAAGUGUGCACUCUAUUUCUGGUUCUUGACAUAGCAUCCACAUGUAUAUUUUAAAUAAUAAAUAUUUUAUGCAUUA